UUUCACGAAGUCAUGCAGCUUUGCUACAUGGUUUCUGUGAUGUGGUGACGGCUGGGAAUCUCAUACCUCGGCUCCAGUACACUGAGAAGACAUCGAAAUCCAGAAUUAUCAAUGACUGACAAUGGCUGGUCGUCAAGUGCAAUGUAUUGGGAGUUGUUUCUUGCAGUCAUGAUUUAGUUUCUGGAUCCAUGUUGAAGGUGAGAGUCAAACCAGGAGACAACAUCACUCUCUACUGUGACUGCAACAUAUCAUCUGGAGUAUACAUAGUGUGGAACAGGAAAUGCUCUCAUGAGAAUCAGCCUUCUCUUAUCCUUGUAGUAGAUCAAGAUUUAUUUAAGGAUCCUCAUUUCCAAUUUGUGAGAAACUUUUCUUCUAACUCCUAUGACCUGCUGAUCACAAACAUCACUGAUUCUGAUGAGGGCCUCUACUACUGUGGAACUAAGCAGUCAAGAGUGGAGGAUAAAGAAUACAUUACUCAAAAAUAUGUUUACAGAUAUGGCAACGUCACAACAAGGAUCCUAUUGGACUCCUGUGUGCCUCAGCAUGACACUCCACUCAUGCAAGACUGUGGUGUGUGCUGGACGCUGCUGUUCUCUCUGUGUCCAGCUUUCGCUGUUCUCUCCUCUCUCCUCUCAGGUUUUCUGGUUUAUCACCUCUGUCGGAAAAAAGCUAAAGAACCUGAAGCUGAUCAGCAAAGACCUCAAACAAGAAUGAAUCAGGAUGAAGAUGUGUGUUAUGCUGCAGUGGAAAUCCGUCAAGCGUCACAGAGAUCAAAGAAGAAGAAAACCCAGAGUUCUGACUUCUGCACAUAUUCUGCCAUCAAUACAUCUAGGAUGUAGAGAGCCUAAAGAACAGAAAAGAACAAACAUUAUAAAUUGUAUAAUAAUUAUUGUUUGUAAGUGAUCAAUGCUACUUCACCAAUAGACCAUAUAUUAUAUAUACCUAAAAUAGAAGUAUUUAAAAGCUCUGUACCGUGAGCUAGCGAUAGAGCGGAAGUUACUGGUUGUAUUUAGCCGCUACAGAGCUCAGAGACGCCGGCUACCAGCAGCAGUUGUUUAGCUGCCAAUAGGUGACUGUGAGCCGGCUACAGGCAC